AUGUCUAACACGUUCGAGCGGGAGCCAAAGUCGGUAACCAUACCGAGCUUUCAGUUGGAGAAUCAUACGGUCCUAAAGAAUGUGCGAGUUGUUUAUCAUUGUUGGGGCUAUCUCUCUGCAGAGCGUAAUAACUGCCUGGUUGUUUGCCACCCAUCCUCUCUCGGCACGGAUGUUUCAUCUUGGUGGACGCCUCUUUUAGGCGGAUUUGGACACGCCCUUGAUACAAGCAGGUACUUCAUCAUUUGCAUGAACGUUUUAGGAAGCCCGUUUGGAAGUACAAGCCCCCUUACCGCAGUGGGAGAUAUCCAGGGGGCGAAAUUCCCAUUAACAACAAUUCGUGAUGACGUCAGAAUUCAUCGCCUGGUUCUGGAAACCCUCGAUGUUCGACAGGUGUGUAUGGUGAUUGGGCACUCUAUGGGCGGAAUGCAUGCAUUAGAAUGGGCAUUUCACGGUGCCUUCGUCCAGUCAAUAGUCCCCGUCGCCACUACCGGUACACAGAGUGGCUGGGGAAUAGGGUGGUCAGAAGCACAGAGACAGAAUAUCUUUAGUGACCGGAACUACCAGAGUGGAGAGUAUCAUCACAGAGCACCACCAGUCCAAGGACUCAGGGCGGCGCGGAUGGCCGCAUUGCUUAUCCGCCGCAGCAAGUAUUCAGCCGACACGUUUAUUACACAGGGUCCUCGGUGCAGUCCAUCGGCCGACGAGCGGGGUCCGAUGUUGGUUCUGGAGAGCUCCGUCUCGCCCACUAGACAUUCUACCUUCAGCACAAAGGCAAUGUUGGCAUUAUACCAGGAAAGCGAAGAUUUCGCACGCCAAUUCGAUGCAAAUUGCUAUAUCGCCCUGACAAGAAAGACCGACACACAUGAUGUUGGCCGUGGACGCUCUCGAGACCAGUCAGCGCGUCAGGCACUCAAGUCAAUCAUCCAGCCCGUGCUCAUUAUAGGAGUAGAAUCUGACUUGUUGCAUCCGAUUCAAGAGCAGCAGGAGCUGGCAGACGCAAUCCCAAACUCGAAAUUACGCAUAAUUGAAAGCGCUGAAGGCCAUGAUACAGUCUUUAGGCCUGGAAGUGUCAAGGGUACGGGCCGUCUUUACCCUGAUUUUCUGAAUCCUAUCCGGCCAGACUUGCAGACAUGGACCCCUGGUACUGUUAUACGAAGCAUGGACAAACUCUCUAGCCUAAGUCAGGCCCGUCCAAAAUACAUAUUGAAGUACGGAGUACUCCGUAGACAUCGCCCCAUGACUCGCGCCGCACGCCGCCAGGGCCUAGUAUCCUCAGAGUUCGACAAGCAACAAGGGAUGAUCCUUCCACCUCGCCGGGUUGUCAUCAAGGGUUCUCCUCCUAUCGAUACUCUUGCCCAUCAGCUCCGUGGCCCGCUUCAUGCACUUGUUCAUAUUAGUUUCAUCUCAUAUACAUCGCUCUGGCAAGAAUUCCGCGGCCAUGUUGUCGGGAGCAUCACGGACGUCCUUAAUCACCCUCCGCAGGACUUCGCAAUCAGAUUAUAUAAGAAAGACGCCAAGACGAAAGUGGAAAACCAACUCGACCACGCCAAGACUUGCCUAGUUAGGAAGUAUCUCAACAUCAAGAUGGACUAA